AUGUCGUUAGUCAAUAUCUGCAGAUCCAACAAUGAUCCGUUCUACCGUUACAAGAUGCCUCUUAUCCAGGCGAAAACUGAAGGUAGUGGUAACGGUAUCAAGACCAACAUUUUGAAUCUCUCUGAUGUUGCGACUGCCCUGGCUAGACCGGCCUCUUAUGUUAUGAAAUACUUUGGUUUUGAACUAGGUGCCCAGACUACCAUUGAUGAAAAAAACGAAAAAUUCCUAAUUAAUGGUGUCCAUGGUGUGAAGGAAUUACAAGACUGUCUUGAUGGAUUUAUUGAUAAAUUUGUCCUUUGUUUACAAUGUAAGAAUCCGGAAACUGUUUUGGAGAUUGUUGGCAAGGACAACCUACAAAGAGAUUGUAAGGCAUGUGGUAAAAUCACCAGAGUCAAUCCAACUUACAAGUUGGUCUCUUAUAUCCUAAAGAAUCCUCCAAAGAAGGAGUCAAAGAAAUCAAGUAAAAAGGCAAACACUGCGAGUGCAAAUGUUAUUGGUGGUGGUAAAUCUAUCUCUGAUAUAGCCAACAGACAGCAACGUAAGAAUACAGACGAUGACGUGUCUGUUGGAGAAGCUGGGAGUAAGGAGAAAGUCAUUGUCAAAGACGAAGAUUGGUCUGUUGAUAUGAGCGAAGAUGCAAUCAAGGCUCGUGCAAGAGAGUUGGAGAAACUAAAUAUUGGUGAAUCUAGAAUCAAAUAUCAAGAAUUCGGUAACUGGUUAUUAUCGUCUGAUGAAUUACCUUCUGAUAUAGAAAUCUACAAAAAAAUCAUAUCCGACAAGAUAAACAAUGACAGACAAACUGUUGAAGUGUUAGCCCAAGUGUUAUUUGAUGAUGACAUUGCAGAUGAAAUUGCCAAUCAUAAAGGUUUGUUAGCUAAGUUGCUGACUUCCGAGAAAAUGGAAAAGUCUUUACUUGGAGGUAUAGAGAGAAUGAUUGGUGUCAAGCACCCUGAAUUAAUUCCAAAGGUGCCUAAGAUUUUAAUGCUAUUAUAUGACAAUGAUUUGGUAUCGGAAGAUGUCAUUAGAGAUUGGGGGUCUCAUGUAUCCAAGAAAUACGUUGACAAGGAAACUUCAAGAAAUAUCAGGAAGGCUGCUAGACCAUUCCUAAAAUGGCUAGAUGAAGCAGAAGAAGAUUCUGAGGAGGAGGAAUCAGAUGAUGAGUAG